CUACCCAAAAUUCAACUACCCAUAUUUUCCGGAGAUCUCUUGCCAUGGUCCACGUUCUUGGCCACCUUCAAGCACUCAGUUGACAACGCACCGAUUGCAACGGUGCACAAAAUGUCCUACUUACUCAGCUGCCUACAAGGGCCGGCUGCGCAGGCCGUCUCCGGCUAUGCGCUCGAAGAGCAUAACUACAACGGAAUCAAGGACACACUAUUUCGAAGGUUCGGCGACUCAGUUGCUCCAAGACGAAAGCUCCACAACGAGCUACAAUCUCUCAAACCCACCAACCGCUCAUCCUUCUGUACAACCCCGAACGAUCGAAACCCGUCAUACACCCAAUCAAUCAGCUCACCAAAUCAGAGUUCAUUCGCAGCAGUUCAUUCAAACUCCAAUCAACAUCGUCAGAAAGCCAACAAUUACACGUCCAAGAAGAAGAAGGAACCCAGUGCAUAUCCGUUCUGCAACGGACGACACUGUGGUGCACAGUGUGAGCAAUUCCACACAGUGGAAAGUCGUAGAAACCGCGCAAAGCAACACAGUGGAAAGAAACUUUGCUUGCGGUGUCUCAAGAAAGACCACUUUUCAAAAGACUGUGCCAACAAGCGACUCUGUUACUACUGUCGUAGCUCCGGCCAUCAUCAAGCGUUGUGCAACAAUGCGCAGCCUCGUCAAAUCGUCUCAAUGGGCCAUCAACGUUCAACAGGUAGCAGUCAAGCCAUAUAG